AUGGUUCUGUCUCGUUGCACUCGCUGCAACAUCUUCAAGCUGGCUUAUUCGAAGACACACGGUGUUUUGUUCGACCCAGAUUUCCAAACGCCUCUUAUCUUAGGCGAGUCAUUGGAUUUCUCGGAUUCUGAGGAAUCGCAGUUUGUCGGUGCGUUUUCAGACGGCCUGUGGGCCAAGUCUGAGUCUAUUCUGUCUAUGUCUGGUUUCCAGAAGCCCGCUGCUGGCUCUGUACUUGAUUACGCCUCCACGCGGUCUUUGCAUGAUGCUAGUUCGUUCUCAGCCUACGGUCAAUCCCCAUACGUACCUACCUCACUUGUUCCUUCGCCCAUGGCCGACCAGGCUAGUCAAAUUUCGGACUGUGUUCCCUACAUGCCCGGAAACGAGUAUGGCAGCUCGUACGAGGAGUCACAGUCUCCGCUAAUGAAUGCACGUUCCCGACAAAUCCCCGAGAUUUACUCAUAUAGUCCCCAACGCGGAUGCGAGGGUACUCGGGUGGUUGUGGAGAUCCAGUCGCCUUAUGAUUUGCACAGCUCCGCAUAUGGAACUGUCUACGUGGUGUUUGGCUCCCAAAAGUGCGAAUGUCUCCCCAACUUCUUGGGUUUCGAGGGUUCAAACUUCCGAUAUGCCUUGGCCGCCGAUGCCCCUCAGUUCAUCUCUACUGCUUCACCUUCCUUUGCUGUCCCUGUGCAGGUGGUGAUGGAAGGUCAGAGUGACUGCCCGCCAGCAACUCUCCAAGUGGGUGUUUACACCUACGAGCAUGUGCCCCAGUCAGUGCCAUCGACCAGCUCGCACAAGCGCAAGUUCUCUUCCUACUCCGACCACCCUAUUGCUGCGUCUGUGAAGCGCUCGACUGGACCUAUCAUUCCCAAGAUCGAGCCUCAAGAUAACUACUCCUACCGUGAUACCCAGAGCCACAAUCACACCCGCUCCUCCUCCUUCUCGCCAUACGUGCAGUCUCUGCCUGCCAUCCCCGGCUUCGUCGGCUCUUACCAUGGUGUCUCUUCCCCUCGCACUGGCACGGCCCAAUACCCUACCGUGUCUGCCACCCCCCAGUCUGUGCUCCGUGCUCCGUCCCCUCUCACCCCGGCUUGGAGCCCCUCUUUCGUCUCCCUAGGUCACGAUGGUCGCAGCUCUAGCAUGGCUAUUCCCCAUACCAUGACACAAAGGAGAGGACCUUCCCCUGCAGGUAGCGCCACCCCACAGUUGAUCCGUACAUCGACUUUGCAGCAGUCAUCUGGCGUCGGUCACAGUUCAGGUUUCAACCCUUGGGGCAUGGGAAUGUAUCCCAACAAGGCCAACCUCAAACUGAGUGGUGACCUGGACUCCAUGGCUCAUGGUUGGAGCAAGGACGAGCAGACUGCUCAACGCCGCCUGGUGCAGUUCGGGCGCACCCAAACCGGAAGCACCAUUCACGCCGACUUCAAGCCUGUCACUCCCGAGGAGCGCAUACCCAACAGCAUCUGCAUUAGUUGCAUUUCCUGGGAGGGCAAGGAUGAGUGCUACGUUACCAGCGUGGAUACCAUCUACCUGCUCGAGUCUUUGGUCAACGUCCGAUUCACAGUUGAGGAGAAGAACCGCAUUCGUCGCAACUUGGAAGGAUUCCGUCCCCUCACCGUCUCAAAGGCCAAGGCCGACAGUGAAGAGUUCUUCAAGGUCAUCAUGGGCUUCCCCGCGCCGAAGCCUCGCAACAUUGAGAAGGACGUCAAGGUCUUCCCUUGGAGAAUUCUCAGCCUUGCCCUGAAGAAGAUCAUUGGCAAAUACUCCGCGAGCUAUUCUUCCACCGCAGGCAUCAUCCAGACACCCGCGACCAACUACGCUAGCCACGGCACUGGCUCCGACUCCGGCACCGAGCCUCACACUGCUCCCUCCCCUCACUCGGUCUCAGAUUCCGGCCCUGUCAAUCACUAUGCUCCCGCCAUGAGUGCCCCGGUCUACUCCACACAACCAGACCACUGUGCCUCAUUGACAGCAGCCCCCGAUCUCCGGUCCGUGAUGCCCACCGUCACUCAACCGUACACAACAAUGGGCAUGGCCGGAUACUCCUAUCCAGCCAUCUGCCAGCCCCAUAGCACCCACGGCCUGGUCGCUCCCACCCCCCGAUCAGCAUGGGAAAUGCACGGCCUCGGAGCUCCUCCCCCCUCCACCGCUGCAUCGGCUGGCGCCUGCUACACCUACAUGGACCCCGUGUACCACCCCCUACACGACACCACCGCCCCCGGUCCAUGA